UCGCUAUCGUCCCUGGAGGAAGUCAAGUUAGUGGCUGGGUCUCUUCGUGUACAGUGGGGAGGGAGGGCCUGUCAGCGUCCGCGUUGGGUGAUGCGUGUGGAAUACAAGCGGGAGGACAGCGUGAAUGGGUGUUCUUUUCCAGGGGAGCCCUAAAGGCCCACAGGUGCUGGCUCCCCAGGAACAAGAGAGAUCAAAGGAAAGAAGGAGGAAAAGAUUCUGAGACUUAAGUACUGUCAGUUCUGGAGACAUCCUUGAUUGGAGACUGAGAUUUUUGCACAGAAAUUUAGAGCUGAUCCAGAAGAGCUAAAGACAGCAUCCCAGUUUGCAGCCAUUUCCCAAAGUCAGAAGAAAAUGAUCCAGGCCCAGGGCUCCUGAAACUCUUGUCAUUUCCUGGGUGACAGGAGUGACUUUGUUCUACCGAGGUGACUCUGAGUGAGCUCCUGGAUGAGGGCUGGUAACCGGAAAGACCAAGCCAUGAUGAGAAGCUUGGCAUUUAUAACCCUGCCUUACGCAUCUAUUCCAUCUGGAAGACUGCACCAUAACAUAGUAUUUUACUAGGAUUCUUAUUCUAUCACAGCGUAAGAAGGAAAAAACCCACCAAUUUCCUAUAUGGCAAAAGAAUCCCUGACGUAUGAUGACGUGACUAUGAAGUUCACGUGGGAGGAGUGGCAGCUCCUGGACCCCGAUCAGAAGGACCUGUACCGGGAUGUGAUGCUGGAGAACUAUAGCAACCUGGUGUCCGUGGGGUAUCAAGCCAGCAAACCAGAUGCUGUCUCCAGGUUGGAACGAGGAGAACAACUGUGGCCAGUAGAAGAUGACAGCCACGGUCGAAUCUGUCCAGAAAUCAGGAAAGUUGAUGACCCUCUGCACCAUCACUUGCCAAAUCACAGCAUUCAAAAUACUGUGGAACAAUGCUGCGAACAUAAUACACUUGCAAAUAUUGUUAAUCAGAGCAAAAGUCAUUUCCUGUUAAAGCAAAAUUGUGAUAUGUUUGACUUAACUGAAAAACCUUUAAAUUCAAAUUUAAGUUUUGAAAACCAGAAGAGAAGCUGUAACUUAGAGAACUCUGCUGAGUUUAAUGGAGAUGGGAAAUCCCUUCUCCAUGCUAACCAUGAGCUAUCUUUUACUGAAAUUAAAUUUCCUGUAAGUGCAAAACCCAUCAACAAUAACUCCCUGUCCACUAAGCAACAGAGAACUCACAACAUAGAGAAAGCCCAUGUAUGCAGUGAGUGUGGGAAAGCCUUCUUCAAGAUGUCUCAGCUCUUUGAUCAUCAGAGAGUUCAUACUAGAGAAAAACCUCAUGGAUGCAGUCUGUGUGGGAAAGCCUUCUCCAGAAAAUCCAGGCUCACUGAACAUCAGAGAACUCAUACGGGACUGAAACAUUAUGAGUGCACUGAAUGCGAUAAAACCUUCUUCGAGAGAUCGCAGUUCAACGUACAUCAGAAAAGUCAUAUGGGAGAGAAACCUUACACAUGUAGUGAAUGUGGGAAAGCAUUCACCAAAAAGUGUCGGCUCAUUUAUCAUCAGCGAACUCAUACGGGAGAGAAGCCCCAUGGAUGCAGUCUGUGUGGAAAAGCCUUCUCUACAAAGUUCAGUCUCACUACACAUCAGAAAACUCAUACAGGAGAGAAACCUUACAUAUGCAGUGAAUGUGGAAAAGGCUUCAUCGAGAAGAGGCGUCUUAUUGCACACCAUCGAACUCAUACAGGUGAGAAACCCUUUAUAUGCAAUGUAUGUGGGAAAAGUUUCACCUUGAAGAACAGUCUUAUCACUCAUCAGCAAACUCACAGAGAAGAGAAAUUGUAUAUGUGCAGUGAAUGUGGGAAAGGCUUUUCAAUGAAGCACUGCCUCAUUGUACAUCAGCGAACUCAUACUGGAGAGAAACCCUAUACAUGCAAUGAGUGUGGAAAAGGCUUCACCUUGAAGAGCCCUCUCAUCAGACAUCAGCGGAUUCAUACAGGGGAGAAACCCUAUGUAUGUAGUGUGUGUGGAAAAGGCUUCACCAUGAAGAGUGAUCUUAUUGUACAUCAGCGAACUCAUACUGCAGAGAAACCCUAUGUAUGCAGUGACUGUGGGAAAGGCUUCACUGUAAAGAGCCGCCUGAUUGUACACCAGCGAACUCAUACAGGGGAGAAACCCUACGUGUGCAGUGAAUGCGGAAAAGGCUUUCCAGCCAAGAUCCGGCUGAUAGGACAUCAGCGAAUUCAUACAGGGGAGAAACCAUAUGUAUGCAGUGAAUGUGGUAAAGGCUUCACAGAGAAGAGUCAUCUCAACGUACACCAGCGCACUCACACAGGAGAGAAACCCUAUGUAUGCAAUGAAUGUGGCAAAGGCUUAACUGGGAAAAGCAUGCUGAUCGCACAUCUGCGAACUCAUACUGGAGAGAAACCAUAUAUAUGCAAUGAAUGUGGCAAGGGCUUCACCAUGAAGAGUACUCUGGGUACACAUCAGCAAACUCACAUUGGAGAGAAACCGUACAAAUGCAACGAGUGUGGUAAAGCCUUUAGGAAGAAGACAUGCCUCAUACAACAUCAGAGAGUUCACUCAGGAAAAACUUCCUUUGCAUGUACUGAAUGUGGAAAAUUCUCUUUGCGCAAAAAUGAUCUCAUUACCCAUCAGAGAAUUCACACAGGAGAGAAACCAUAUGAAUGCAGUGAAUGUGAGAAAACCUUCACCACAAAGUCAGGGCUCAAUGUUCAUCAAAGAAAGCAUACAGGAGAGAGGCCCUAUGGAUGCAGCGAGUGUGGGAAAGCUUUUGCCCACUUGUCAAUCCUUGUUAAACAUAAGAGAAUUCAUAGGUAGUCACUCUGGGGAAGCCUGUUGCCAGUUGUACGCAAGAUAAUAGUAUGCAGAGAAGAAUCACAAUGCAAAGAAUGUGGUGUUAUCUUUAGUGAUCAAUUGCCUCAUAUUUUAUGUUGAUGAAAAAAUUUACAAGACAACUUAGACACAAUCAGCCAUGGUGAAAAUGUUUUAGGACAUUUUAUUGUCUAAAAAGUGUAUACUGAGGGCUUCCCUGGUGGCGCAGUGGUUAAGAGUCUGCCUGCCAAUGCAGGGAACACGGGUUCGAGCCCUGGUCCGGGAGGAUCCCACAUCCCGCGGAGCAACUAAGCCUGUGCACCACAACUACUGAGCCUGCACUCUAGAGCCUGCGAGCCACAACUACUGAGCCCACGUGCCACAACUACUGAAGCCCAUGUGCCUAGAGCCCAUGUUGCACAACAAGAGAAGCCACCGCAAUGAGAAGCCUGCACACCGCAACGAAGAGCAGCCCCCGCUCUCCGCAACUAGAGAAAGCCCGCGCACAGCAACAAAGAUCCAACGCAGCCAUAAAUAAAUAAAUAAAUAAAUAUUUUUUAAAAAGUGUAUACUGAGAUAAAGCCUAAGAAUGUGAAAGACUAGGAAAGACUUUAUUGGUAAUAGACUCUAUCAUAUGUGGUCAUCAUAGAUCAUGAGUGAAAGAAUAUUUCUAAUUGGUAGAAAUAUAAUUGUGGGAAAGCCUUUGCCCAGAAGUAACACCUCAAGAGAUGUCAGUUAACACUAGAGAAGUACUUUCCUAUGGUGAUGAAUAUGGCAGGGUUUGCAGUAAUAAAUAUUGCUUCAUCAUUUGCCAGGAAAUCUGUGCAAUAACACAUUCAGUAUGGUGGCCUUUAACAAAAUAUCAAACAACUUAAUGAAGGAAAGAAGCCUUGGAGAAAUGAUGAAUGAGAACAUUGUGUUACAGGUCUAAACUUAAGGGAUAAUACACCUCACCAACAACUGGGGAAAGGAUACCUUCAGCCGUAUUUCUAAAUGCCUUGUCAUUGAUCUUAUAAAUUUUACAUAGUGGCAGUUACUCUAAUCAUUGAUUAAAUUUUAA